AUGGCUCCGAUUGCCAAGCAUGUUGUCGUCACGCACGAGGUGCUUUUCCUCCUGGUCCAUGAUGUGGUCUUCCAAUUUUUGGCCAGUCCCGUGCCGGUCAAUCCGGCGUCGGUCAUCCCGGCGGCCCAGUGUCGGGGCCUUUGCCUGGAGAACAAUAUCCUGUUCGGGCUCCAUGCCGAUGGCCACCGGAUGCCGUUGGCUUUCAUCGACGGUCAGCAGGUCAUUUACCCGAGUCUGUACCAGCGCAACAUGCACUUCUACGACCAGUGUGCCGUGGCUCCCCGGCCGGAUGGCAGCCUGGUCCUGUGUCAUGAGAAUGCCCUCUUCCUGCUGACCUUCUCCCAGCCGGCGGCAGGUGCCGCCGGCUCCACGGGCGUGCCCGUGGUGGACAUUCGCCUGCUCUUCAGCCGGGCCUCAGUUCGGCUGGUCCUCUUCCCGUACUUCUUCCAGUCAGGCUUGAUGGUGGUCACCGAUGACACUGGAGCCGUGUUGGCCUGUGGCCGGGACGAUCUUACCUGCUUCUUCGAGUCCGAUGUCAGUGUCGCCCCGUUUAUGGCCCCAUUUCGCCCCAAGCAGCCCCGGCCAUGGUACUGA